GUCAGCCAUCAUUACAUGCCGUGAACAUAUAGAACAGUGAAUAUACACCUGCACCAGACUACUCUCACACUGCCUCUUGACUCCAUUCUAGCUUUCACAUGGCAAAUUAGUCUCUCCUCAAAGUGUAACGACGGCUUAACUUUCACCUGAAGCUGAUUGUAAUUGAGUAAGAAUAAAAUUAAUUCAGGCUCUGUAACACUAAGAGACAAACAAUUUAGAAAGGGGAAGGUAAGUGAAGCCUAAAAGAAUAUAGCCUGAGAGGACUCAGCCUAUGAAAAGCAUCUCUUUUCGUGUGUAACAUGACAUUCUUCUGCAAAAGCCAAUACAAAAAACAGAUUCAACAGACCAAAUUAUCAUUGUCCCCGGAUGGAUGACUCAGAGGGGGGCUGAUUUCGAUUUGAAGUCACUGUAAACUACAACAUUUACAAAGGACCUCGAGGAAAUAACGAAUAAAUUGCCUUCCACUCAUACAACAGAAUUCAUCGACACUAUACGUAGCUAUUUUUGUUUUAAAUCAAAAUGCAUUUAAUUUUAUUGACCCCCUAAUAUUGAUCACGUUGAUUCAGUCAAUCUCCCAGUAGAAAAAUAUCAACUAACAGUAAACUAACUCGAAAUCGUGCCGCAUGAACUGAACGUGUGUAUUUUGUACACCAUUUUAUCUAGCGUCUACCUUCUCUGUUGUCAGAGCUUGCAAUUGUUUUGCCGAGAUGAGACACUGUUACCCGGGUAACUGACUGAACGUGCUAUCAUUCAAAAAUAAGGGCGUGACUUAUUUAUUUAGUUAUACUUUAUAGGUCUUCUUCUGCUGAGUAUGCGAGGAAUACAUAAUAUAUAUGUAACUAAACUGAAUAAAAUAGAUUAAAGAAAUAUUUUGGAAUAAUUCAUCCGUCAUUGCUGAUUAGUCCUAACCGACAAGCAUUCAUACAACGGUUUAGUUACUGCUGGUGUUCAUUUUAUAUAUUUUUCUCGACUAGCAACCGUUACUCCUUGGUUGCAAAUACAAAACACUCAAUAUUCGGUGACGGUUUGAAGCUGAGCUAGUAUCACUGUUGCUCCUGUGAUUUUCGAUCGACACUCGACAUUCGCUACUUCGCUUCAAUCCCAGCUGAUAAUAUUGCUUUUUAUCUUCACGAAAUGAAUCUUUCAACGUUAAAGUUGGCGGUGGUUGUUGCCGUAGUUGUUGUCUGUUUUGGUCUAAUUUUGACAGAUGUUUGCCUUUUUGGCCGGCGAGAAUGUUUUCCAAAUCCGACAAAACUCAAAAACAGUUUGGUCGUUUCUCUAGAGCGGUUGUCUUUCUUGGAAGAUACAGCCACCGACAAAGAGGAGAAUGUGCUUCACUCACCGAAGGGAUUAAACCACCAUGUUUGGGAAAACAACUGCGUAAAGACCAUUGAGACACUUUGUAAUUUUCCAGUCUUUCCAAAAGCACCGGAUAGAAGACAAAUCAUUUUUCGAACCGAAAUUAUAGCUCCAAAAAAUCGUGGCGUGGAUGGGCACCGACUUAUUGGUUAUUUGCUUCCCAAUUUAUCUGGCGAUUAUCAUUUCGCUGUUGUUUCAAAUGGUUUUUCUGAAGUUUGGCUCAGCCCGAUAAAGAGUUGGAGGGCAGCAAAGCAAGUUGCUUAUAUCAGCCCGCAAGAUGUACCAUCAACGAUCAAGAAAUGGGACUUUGAAUCUUUAAAAUCUCAGAUUUCGACGAGAAUUUAUUUAAAAGCGAGGAAGCGAUACUUCAUUGAGAUAAUAUAUUCUGUUGGCGCUCGAAAAACAGGCGAGAGCUUUCUUCAGGUCGCUUGGAAAAGACCAGGGAAGUCUAUGUUUGAGAUUAUUGAAGGCGAGUCGCUUUCACUCUACACAAAUGACAGCGAGAAGGCACAGUACAAAAUGUUUGACGAUGAAUUACCAGAGGCUCAUUGUUGUGCCAAAUAUCGAAAAGGCUACGCCAACAAGUACAUGAGGCCACCGAUUUAUCCCAGUUUAGAAAAUAGAGCGGUUAACAGGACGCUAGAUUUUUGUGAUUACAGACCGAGUUAUCUUCUCGAACCUGAUAAUUUCGAUAAACUAUCUAAAUUCCAAGUCUAUAAUGGCGUGACAAAACAUGUCCAUCAAACGACAAGCUUCCCAUAUCCAAAUAUUGAUGGCGUCGUAAGGAAUCAAAAAGCCCAUCCAGUUUUCUGGGCUGAAAAUCCGUUAGAAGAACAAGAGGCGUGGUCUGUAGUGGAGAGAUACAUAGAAGCUAUUGAGGAGAGUUACCCUGGGAAGUACGAGCUUAAAUCCAUUAUUCGCGUUGAGAAGAAAGAAGAUCCCAAAAAAGGAAGCAGAUAUUUUCUUGAACUUGAAGUUAAAGAUCUAACCACUGGUGCGAGCUAUAUAUUGGCAGAAUACGUAUUCCAACCAAAAGGUGAAAACGCCCGUUUAUGCUAUCCUAAGGGCCUGCAGUGGGACAGGACAGCGGAUGUUUAUCUUAUCCUCACGGCCAAGAACCUGGGUCGAUGGGUUCAUCAUUUCAUCAAGAACGUAGAACAAAUUGUUCAAGAAACGAAUGAUGAACAUUUACAUGCGGUCAUUUUUGACUUUGAUAGUCCCGAUAUUGAUCUAGAACAGGCUUUCAAGAGGAGCACUCUGAAGAACUACCAUUUUAUCACACAGCCUGGAAACUAUUCUCGUACAGUUUCCUUUAGCAAAGCGAUAGAGUCGAUAAAAAACCCUGACGCCAUUAUUGUCACCAUAGACAUGCAUCUUGACAUUGGAAGUCAGCUGAUCAACGACAUACGUAAGCACUGCAUCAAAGGAAAAACACUGUACGCUCCUCAAAUAGUUCGUCUAAGUUGUGGCAGAAGCAGUGUCAUUCCCAACGGCCACUGGUUCCAUUAUAGCUAUGGAACAGUAGCAGUGUACAAAGCAGAUUGGGAGAAAUUUGGAGGAUUUUCAACACGUUUCGACAACAAAGUCACGUGGGGAGGUGAAGACUGGGACAUAAUUGACGGUGCGGUCAAGGGUGGCUUGGAAAUAGAACGGAAACGCUCUCCAGCUGUUUACCAUUAUUAUCACACCAAAGCAGGAAUGUGGCUGAAAGCAAAGAGGGCUACUAAAGGAACGUCAGGAAAAAAAUAAGACGUAGGGACUCUUUUACCUCAUUUGUAAUAAAUUCAGUGGAGGUAUAGCUUGUUAGAUGGUAAAAUAGAUAGAUGAUUAAUUUACAGUGGAACCUCUUUUGUCACUUAAUUCUGGUUGUAUUAAUAGUAGGUCGUAGUGACUGCAGUCUUCUUCAAGUUAAACCAAUCAAAAAGAAGGUGCGGUCAUAUAUACAAAGUGAUAGACAACAACAACAACAAAAUAUACGGUUUUACUGUAAUUAUUGGAAGUCCUCCAGUGGAGAUCAAACUUGGAAAUAAACAACUUGCUAAAAGAUUUAAUUGUACUCCAGAGUCAUUUCACUUAGUGUGACCAGCUAACAGGGUCAUUCGCAUUUUAUAGGUUGUCGUCAUUAGCCUAGCUUUCUUAAAAAUUUAGUAGGAUAGGCAAUCGUAAGAAUGCGAGUUCAAUAAGGAUUUACACUACGAGUGCUAUUUGAAAAUUCUCAAAACU